AUGGCUCCCUCGGCGCGGGCCACCAUCGAGUCAUUUUGUUCGGCCCUUCUGCAGCUAACGUUAACUCUCACUCAUGGAGAACAUGACGGACUGCCGCAACAAGACUUCGCGUUGCAUCGUGUCGAGAAGAUGGGCUUAGCGUCUGCCGUGAUUUUGGGCCACGAAAAAAAGGCUCUGACGUCUCUGUAUGGCAACAAAAGUGUUCAAAGGCGGGGAUCAAGAUCUUGGGUUGGUUUUCCCGAUCCAUUGCUUUGGGAGAGUGAAACGCAACAUCUGUUGAAAGGUGCAUCCUGGUGGCCUCAGCUGAACAUCGCACGAAUUGCGGCAGGGUGCGUUGGGAUGCGGACGCCGGAAGGUCGGUACAGCAUAUGCCUCAAAUGA